GGCGAAUUCAAUGGAUAAAAGAGGGUAGGUGGUGGUUCUACAAAAUUCACAAUUGAGAAGCAAGCGAGAUCAAAUCCGAUUCUAAAUCAGGAACUCAUGCAAUUCGGUACUACUUUCUCGUCGAGAACAUGAGAGAGACCCCAAGAUUCGUAUUCGAGAAAACAGAAGAAUCAACGAUGAGCAGAAAUAAGAAAUGUAAAGAUUGUGAAGAUAAAGACAAGAUUAGUCAGUUACCUGAUGAACUACUCAUGAAGAUACUACUGCUUCUCCCAACAAAAACUGCAGUUAGCACAAGUAUUUUAUCCAAACGAUGGGAGUAUCUUUGGAUGUGGUUGCCUAAACUUGAGUACGAGUGUUACCAUGAUACCGCUCCUAAAGUCGAAAGGUUAGAGCGUUUCAUAAGUUUGAAUUUGCCAUUACAUAAAGCUCCAGUCAUCGAAAGCUUGCAUCUCAAGUUCAAUAAUAUCCAACUAGUUCGAAUAAUUGAGCCUCAAGUUUUCGAACUAUGGGUUGCAUAUGCAGUUUCUCACUGUAUCCGUAAGUUAAGUCUUUCCUUCUGUCAUUGUACGGAGGAUCUUGCUAGGUUGCCUAGUAGUUUGUAUAUCUGCAAAUGGCUCGUGGUCUUGAAGCUGAAAGAAGAUGUUGUCAUUGAUGUUCCUCGCAUGGGAUCUCUCCCGUCCUUGAAAACUUUAGUCCUCCGACGUGUGACUUACGCAGAUGAUCAUAAUGCUCUUCACAGACUUCUUUCAUGUUGCCCUGUUCUUGAAGAUCUAAAGUUGGAACGAAAAGAAGGUGACGACUUGGGAAAAUGGUGGGUUUUUGUCCCGUCCUUACUGAGACUAACUAUUAGGAUAUUAUCAUAUAUUGAUGCUGGUGUGCUUGAGUUAAAAACUCCUUCUUUGAAGUACUUCAGAGUUGUUGAUAACGGUGUCAGUGAUGCUGAUGUUUGCUCCUUUUCUUCUAUCCCUAUGCCCAACCUGGAGGACGUGGAUGUUGUUUCAGUAUACCUUAGUUUUCACAAGUUUGUUUCAUCAAUCAUAUAUGUUCAGUGUCUUACAUUAUGCGCAGGAUUAAAUACUCAAGAGGGGUUAUAUAGUGAGGGUAUUGUCUUCAAUCAGCUUAAACAUCUCAGGUUAUGUCAAUGUGGUAAAAAUUGGUCAAAGUUACUUUUGCGGCUACUCAACGAUUCUCCUAAUUUACGAGAGCUGAACAUCUUUCAAGAUGAGGGUCAUGAAUGUGAUUUCGAAAUAUGGGAUUCCUGGGAGGAUGAUUUAAAUUGUGUUCCUAAAUGUUUGUCGUCGAGUCUUGAAACUUUCACGUGGAGACAGAUGUUUGCGACGGAGCAAGAGAGGCGUCUGAUGAAAUAUAUCUUGAAAAAUGCUCGUUCCUUAAAGACUGCGACAAUUGUGUUUGAGGACGCUCCAAGGAGAGAAGAUCCACUUGAGAUGACGAUGCAGGAGUUUUCACUCUCUAAAGGUUCACCAACAUGCCAACUCGUAUUUGAAUUUGAGUGAGGAUCUUUAUCAGUUCCUGGUUUCAAACUUUGAUGAUCUUUUGAUCAUCUUGAUAGUUUUUGUGGUUUCUUCCCAAUUCUUGAUAGUUAUAUAAACUUUGAUGGAGGAUUUUAAUUAAACCAAUAAUGAAGUUAUUUGAUCAUGCUGUUUUUGUA